UACCACCAUAAGAUGCCAGUUUCCGAACCAGAGCCUAAAGUUGAGCCAAUUGCUGAUGAAGUUUUCUCAGGAUCUGAGGAUGAACAUGAUGACGAUGAUCUUAGCGACUCAAAAGAUGAACCUUUGCCUGUGGAGUAUCCAGGAACAGUAUUGCCUGAUUUGAAUGUACAAGAAAUUGAUGCAGACCAAGACUUAACAAAAGGGUAUGAACCUGAUACCGACUACAUAGACUUGAUUCAUCUCAAGAUUAGUUCAUUGGAAGACCUCAAUUUAUCCAGAUUCCAAAAGUUAGAGUCUUUGUGUUUGAGACAAAAUUUACUUACUAGCAUGUCUGGAGUUAAGGAAUUGCCAGGAGAUACUAUGGAGGAACUUGACUUGUAUGACAAUCGUAUUAAUCAUAUAUCUAGUGGUAUCAAGCAUUUAACAAAAUUGAAGAACUUGGAUCUCUCGUUCAAUAAAAUCAAAAACAUCAAGAACAUAGAAACAUUGACAGAGCUUGAAAAUUUGUAUUUUGUCCAGAAUAGUAUCAAAGAAAUCAAAAAUCUUGAAACUUUAACCAAGAUCAAGAAUCUUGAAUUGGGAGGAAAUAAAAUUGAAAUCAUAAGUGAGACUCUCGACAAGUUGAUCUCAUUGGAACAAUUAUGGUUAGGUAAGAACAGAAUCAGUAAGUUUGAAAACAUGAACAAUUUAGUAAACUUGAAAGUCUUAUCGAUCCAAUCAAAUAGAAUUACCAAAAUCGAAGGUUUGGAAAAGUUAGUGAAUUUGGAAGAAUUGUACUUGUCGCAUAACGGGAUAGAGAAGAUUGAAAACUUGGAUAAUAAUACCAAACUCAAGGUCUUGGAUGUCACUUCGAAUAAGUUGACCAAAUUGGAAAACUUGAGUCAUUUAACAGAAUUAACCGACUUCUGGUGUUCAUACAAUAAAGUCAACAACUUUGAGGAAAUCGGUAAGGAAUUAGGAAAGUUGCCAGAGUUGGACACAGUGUAUUUCGAAGGUAACCCAGUACAGCUUCAAAAUCCUACUGCUUACAGAAGAAAAUUGAGAUUAUACUUGGGUGCCAGCUUGACUAAGAUAGAUGCUACCUACAUUCACGGCUAGGG